GACGGCAGCACGACCCGCUCGGUCCGGUUUGCGGAGUGAAUUAUUGGCCUCUGUUGCGAAAGUUGCUGCGUGCAGCGCUACUUACAGCAGACUAACACCGUGUCCCACAGUAAUUGCUCAUAAUUAUGUUUUCUCUGCGGAUUUCUGUUCAUCGCUCUGAAAUGUAGGUGAAGCACGAAUCCUCAACGGGCAAACGAAGAGAUGAACGACCGUUUAACCCGCGUGUUGUCGUAAGGAUUGGGCCAGACACUGGAGAUUCCCGUUUGGGAAAGGAAAACUCUUACCAUUAAAAACGCGUCUUUUUGGCUCAACGGAUUUAGAACCGAUUGGAGAGCGGACACAGAACUCGAUUCUACUCGGCGAGGAAAGGGCCGAUGACCAAGCAAAUAAGAUGAAUUUUACAGAGAGCGUUCUUAACGCAUUUCUAAUCAAAGACAUGCCGGGGUAAUCCACCGGGACUGCCUUAGGUCUGCAGAGAAUAAAAAGUGACCGACCGUGCGCCAAACGAACCUGGGACAAACUUAAUCGAGCCCAGCGCUGAAAACUUUCUUCAAGGACCUCUUGUGUUUUUUUCCCCCACUCAAGGGCGACACCAGGAGCCCAGGACAGAAGCAUCUCACAAACAGCCUACCAGGAUCUGGGUCUCAAGUGGUGCGGUGCUGUCGAUCUCUGAAUUACCUGGUGUGAGACGGCGAGGUUAUAUUCCAUUAACAUCUGUAAUCUUCAAAUAAUACUGCGGGUCCGCUACACCACAGUGACACACCUGUAGCGGCGCAGGAGACAGGACCACACGAGACGACGCGGGGCUCUGGGCUUUCAGUAGCGAUGAGCGCACAGCGUACACCUGUCUACAUGGGACUCAUACUGUUGAUCUCCACCGCCGGGUACAGCAAGAGCAGCGCGGCCCCCACAGAAUCCAGGGCCGGCAGGAGCCUUUUCCAGCUGAUCAUGGAUAAAGUGCGGCACGCCAAGGACCAACAGGCGGACGGCAGCGACAAACUGCCGCACAACUCCAACAAGCAACCCUUUUCAGGCGACACAAAGGAAGUACACGACUACAAAUCUUAUCCCGACGAUCACGUUCUUGAGGUUUUUCCAAGAGAUCUGAGGCGGAAGGACAAAUUCCUAAAGCACUUAACAGGUCCCCUCUACGUCAGUCCCAAAUGCAGUAAACACUUCAACCGGCUGUACCAUGGCACGCGAGACUGUACUGUGCCAGCCUAUUACAAAAGAUGCGCCAGACUUCUGAUGAGGUUAGCGGGGAGUCCACGGUGCAUGGAAGGCUAAAUGUACCCAGAGACGAAAGGCUGGGACCCAAGAACAAAGUGCCUUGGAGAAACAGGGAAACAAACGGAACUGCAAAAUGACUGCCUGUCUGUGUGUCUGUCUGUUUGUGUGACUGUUUGUGUGUCUAUCUUCGUGUCUGUGUUUGUUUGCGUGUCUGUCUGUGUCUGCCUGUCUGUCUGUCUUUCUACCUACUUGUCUAUCUGUGUGUGUGUGUGUGUGUCUCUGUCUGCCUGUCUGAGUGUCUGCCUGUCUCUCUGUCUGUCUUUCUACCUACUUGUCUAUCUGUGUGUGUGUGUGUGUGUCUCUCUC